AUGUCUUCUUCUAAGGACAUCAGCUCCGCCAAUUCGGAGAGCCCUUAUUCAAAUAAAGAAUAUAUCGAUAAAGAUCAAUUCAAAAAUGAUGCUGAAGAUUUCGAAGUUGGAUCUGUCGAACAAGAAGUCAAGCGUGAUUUGAACCCUAGAGUGGUUUCUAUGAUGGCUUUAGGUGGUACUAUUGGUACCGGUUUGUUCAUUGGUAUUGCUACUCCUAUUUCUGUCGCCGGUCCUGUCAAUUCUCUUAUUGCUUACAUCUUUGUUGGUACAAUCGUUUACGGUGUCACUCAGUCCUUAGGUGAAAUGGCUACUUAUAUACCAUGCCCUGCCUCAUUUACUGUCUACAACCAACGUAUGCUUUCUAGCUCUCUUGGUUUCAGUGCUGGUUACAUUUACUGGUUUAGUUGGGUGACCACUUUGGCAGUUGAACUUUCUGUCGUUGGCCAAGUCAUUGAAUAUUGGACUUUUGCCGUGCCACUUUGGGCAUGGAUUUUGAUUUUCUGGGUGAUUCUUACCGCAAUCAAUCUUUUCCCGGUCAAGUAUUAUGGUGAAGUUGAAUUCUGGGUUGCCUGCGUUAAGGUCGUUGCUAUUGUAGGGUUCCUCAUUUAUGCGCUUUGUAUGGUCUGUGGUGCAGGGAAAACCGGUCCAGUUGGCUUCAGAUACUGGAGAAACCCAGGUCCUUGGGGCCCAGGGAAAACCCCAACCAAGAGAUUUUUGGGAUGGGUCGAUUCCCUUAUCAAUGCUAUUUUCACAUACCAAGGUACUGAAUUAGUAGGUAUCACUGCUGGUGAGGCUAAAAACCCAAAGAAGGCUGUUCCAAAGGCCAUCAGAUCAGUGUUUUACAGAAUCCUCAUCUUCUAUAUCGGAUCUCUUUUCUUCCUUGGUUUGCUCGUUCCUUACAACGACCCAAAACUCAGUUCUACCACUUCUUACAUUGCAUCCUCCCCAUUUGUGAUUGCCAUUUCAAACUCUGGUACCAAAGCUCUUCCAGGAAUUUUCAAUGCUGUGAUUCUCACCACAAUCAUUUCUGCAGGUAACUCCAAUAUUUACACCGCUUCCCGUAUUCUUUACGGUCUUGCUCAAAACGGCUCCUCUUUAAAAUUUUUCACCAAGGUCACCAAAGGUGGGGUUCCUUAUAACGCCGUCAUUUUCUCAUCAUUAUUUGGCUCACUUGCCUUCCUUUCAUGCUCCACUGCUGGUGCCGAGGCCUUCAACUGGUUGAUUCAAAUUACUGCUGUUGCUGGCCUUUUUGCAUGGUUAGGUAUAUCCCUUUGCCAUAUUAGAUUCAUGAAUGCUCUAAAAUUGAAGAAUAUCAGCAGAGACGAUUUGCCAUUCAAAGCUGUUGGUAUGCCAUGGAUGGCCAUCUAUGCUGCGUUUUGGGUCUUCAUCUUAAUUUUCAUCCAAGGUUAUUCGGUAUUUUUGGACUUUGAUGUCAAAACUUUUUUCAUCAAUUAUAUUUCUGUUAUCAUCUUCGUUGUCGUUUGGCUUGGUCAUCAAUUUAUUGUUAGAGACAAAUGGUGGAUUCCACUUGAAGAAGUUGAUAUUACUACUGGUGUCAGAGAUGCAUACGAGGAUGCUAUGUGGGAAAAAGAAGAAGAAGAAGCGAAGCAGGAUGCUAGUGCCUUGUCCCGUUUCAUUGACAAGGUUCUUUGA